AUGGCUACAAUUCAGGAUGUCAGAACCAUGACUAGCACCGCAGAAAGCCGCGAUCAAGUGUUCAAAACCAUUGAUGUGACGUCAGGAACUGGUCUUGGCUUACCAUUGGAUGGUGCAAAGGUGCCUGCGGCCACAAAUUCGAGUUUGGGUGGGACUAAAGCGCAUUCUUUGGUUUUCGAGGCUUUGCAGAAUCGUGUUAACAGCGUUAACCAAGAUGUUUGCGAGGCAGGCGACGAAAAUUCGUUUUUCGUAUGCGAUCUGGGCGAGUUACAACGGCUGUACGCACAUUGGCAUGCAAAACUACCUCGAGUGCAUCCGUUUUACGCGGUCAAGUCCAACCCGAACCCCAAGGUGCUCGAAUCACUUUCCUCGAUGGGCGUUAAUUUCGAUUGUGCGUCCAAAUCAGAGAUAGAAAUGGUGCUGAAAAUGGGCGUGAAUCCCGCGCGGAUCAUCUAUGCCAAUCCUUGCAAAGCUUCGUCCUUCAUUCGUUUCGCCAAAAACAGAGAGGUGCAGAAAUCGACUUUUGACAACGUUGAGGAAUUGGCCAAAAUCAAAAAACACCAUCCGGAGUCAGAACUGCUACUACGUAUAGCGACCGAUGACUCAACCGCGAAAUGUAGACUGUCAACGAAAUACGGAUGUGCAAUGGAGAACGUGGAUCAGCUUUUGGCCAGAGUAAAGGAAAUGGGACUCAAUAUGGUUGGCGUGUCGUUCCACAUUGGAUCGGGCGCUUCGGACUUUAGCACCUUCUACAAAGCCGUUCGUGAUGCUCGUGAAGUCUUUGACCGCGCCAGAAACUCGUUCGGGUUUUCCAACGUUCAUAUUUUGGAUGUUGGCGGAGGUUUCCACCUUGAUACCUUUGACGAAUCCAGUCACACGUUGAACUUGGCGCUUGACGAGUUUUUCCCUCCUACGGACAACGUAACGUUAAUUGCUGAACCCGGUAGAUUUUUUGCUGCUUCGCCCUUCACAUUAGCGUGCCACGUCAUUGCCAAACGGGCCCACAACGACAAGGAAUCCAUGCUGUACAUCAAUGACGGUGUAUACGGCAAUAUGAACUGCAUUUUGUUUGACCACCAGGAGCCUGUGCCUAAAGUGCUCUACCACGAUCAAAAGUUUCAUUACUGGGAAGACCAGCCAUCGACUUCUUCCGUGAAGAUCCCCCAUUGUCCGCUCAAAGUCUCUAUCUGGGGUCCCACUUGUGAUGGCCUAGACUGUGUCACUCAGGAGUAUUUCUUUAGACACGAUAUGGUCGUCGGCGAUUGGUUGUAUUUCACAGCCUUGGGGGCCUACACGUCUUCUGCCGCGACACAGUUCAACGGAUUCGAGCAAGCAGUUGAUGUUAUAUACAUAAACUCUGCGAGCGAGCUGUGA